CGUCACCACAGUGACCGCACCAACAUCAGCCCCACUUUAACCUCCAGUCCACAAGAUUCUGAUUUUCACUGGUCACCUACGCCUUUUCUCCAACCACCGCGUCACAACACCCUUAACGCUCCCUCGCCCUCGCAUGCAGCGCACCAACGCAAUGAGCAUUUCCUAAGAAAUGCUAGAGCAUUAGAGGAGCAGUUCGCCACAAUGCGGCUCUUCCUCGUCCGCCACGGGGAAACGGUCGACAACGUCGCUGGCAUUUACGCAGGAACCCGCGACUCGCCGCUCACCUCCCACGGCGUGCUGCAGGCGCGCCGGCUCGGUGCACACCUUGCCGCGCUAUCCGCCCGCAUGGGUCCCGUUCGGCACGUGUUUUCUUCCGACCUGAGGCGUGCUGUGGAGACGGCCCAGGCCGUGGUCGAUGCGUUCAAUAACUCCCGCAUCCAAGCCAGCCUCAGCUCGGAAGCGAGCCAGGACGAGGGCGGAACUGCAGACUCCGACGCCGCGGCGAGGCUGGCGCUGGUCUCGCUCCCCGAGCUGAGAGAGCGCGAUUUCGGCUCCGCCGAGGGCGCGAAAUACGGCGUGGUGUCCCUGACGGAUGCUGAGACGCGCGAGCAGAUGCGUGCGCGCGCUGAGAGAUUCGUGCAGGAGCGCUUUCUGCCGCUACUGGAGAAGCACGGUAAGGAGGACGGGUCCGUCGUGGUGGUCGCUCACGGGAUGAUUCUCGACUCUCUCUUGCGCGUGCUUCUGGCCAGGUUCGGCCCGUCUGAUCUGACUCCGCUGGGGAACCCGCGGGCGGCGGUUUGGAGCAAUACCGGCUAUGCUGAGCUCGUUGUCACCGUUAGCGCUCCCUGCGCCUCGGGGGCUGAUGGCCCAGAGAUUCCAGGGUCGUCGUCGGUGGAUGUGGUGCCUGGUGAUAGGGUGCCCACGCCACUCCCGAGACACCAGGAACAGCGGAUUAAGCUGGCCCUUGCGGGAAUCAACGUGCUGAAACACCUCGACGGCUUGAAGAAGACUCGAGGCGGCAUCGGCAGCGCCCAGUUCGACAAACGGCAGAGGACAAUGGAUUCGUUUUUCGGGCCAGCGGCAAAGAAGCCGAGAGCCGAAUGACGUCUUGAGGGCUUAACGGGAUAUCCGUUAACGUCCGCCUCAAAAACCGAUCCUGAUGCCCUUCAGCUGUUAUGGUAAGCCUUGAUCUCAGUUUCGUUUCGCCGCCCCUAUCAUGAUGAUAGAAACAAUGUUCACAGACCUGUACCGAAGUACUAUGUGGAAAAACUUGUCCAACCGCUAUCUGAGAUAAUUCUGUCCCUCUCACGUCAUGCGUUCAGUUUUGGCUUCCAGUUGCUGACCUCUG